UCGACAUUAUGUCAAAAUUCCAGUCUCGUACUUCUUGUCAUUUAGAUCAUACCCAUUUACAAAAAAUAUGCGCCAGUCUCCCUCCAUAUUUAAACUCUAAAAUGCACAACGAUCGAAUUAAAACAACAACAACAACAACUAAAUAACGCACAAUGACGGAUCAACGUAGAGUGGAGGAACAGUUGGCCAAACUUGAGAUCUUAGUAACGGAAGAAGUUUCAAAAGGCAGACAGGAGUUACAGUCGAGUCAGGCAAAAGUUUUGAAUUCGAUUGACGAAAUGAUAAACGAUGCGACAGCAGCGUUGGCGUCUUUGGUCACCACGUACAGGGAAAAAUUGAACAAAUUGGAGGAAUACGCCAUUGAAAACGAAGUGAAUCCGGAUGCUUGUGUGAGAAACGCCAAGGAAGAAAUGGAACACUACGAGAAAGAAGCACUGAACGAAAUGACACUCUAUGUGGAGAAAACGAAGACAAAGGUUUUGAAACUUUAUGAUACCUCGUUGACGCAACACCUUAACAUAUUUACAAAAGUUAAAGAGGUGGAGGCCAAAGCUAAAUCACCAGAUUUGGAGAACUUGGACUUCUGGUUGGCGCGACAAACUAAGGGCAUAAUAGAAGAAUUGGCGAUGUUGGUGACGAAUACUAGGAGAACCGCAUACGCACGUACGGAAGACAUACUGAAAUACACCGAAGAGAAAAUGAACAAGUGCGAAACAAAAUGUAAUAAUUUGUCUGAAGAAGUCGAGACUUGUAUAAUCGAAAGGUGCCAUGACAUUAAAUACCUUAAAAGGCGCAAUAGAUCCGAAAUCAAAACUAACUUGGAAUCAAAAAGUCUAAUAAGUAGGGGUAUUGCUCAGAAAAAGUCAAUAAUGAAAACAGACCACCGGAAAAAGGAGGGUAAAAAAGGUGUGGUUAUUGAGGAAGAGGAAAGUUCCAAGUGGAGAACUCUGCAUGGCCCGUCGAAUUCGAUUUCUGGGAGUAUGGAAGACAUUCUCAACAGGUUCAAAAUCGAAUACGAUCCAGAAAAGCAUGAAGUGGAUAUGAAAGGGUCAGGUUCUAUAGCUGAUCUUAAAAAGAAAAAAACCGGCAAGAAAAAUUAGAAAUGAUAGUUAUAAUAGAACAAAUCCUGCGAAAGGCGUCGGUCCGUUGCGGUUCAUUCUUCGAGGACAUGAACAACGUAAGGAAAAAAGUUUACGCUGCUGCCGCUGGACGCGGAGAUUUAGAUUGGAGCGAUCUGGAUGCGUUAAUCCGUAAACACUGCGACGAGUUCAGGAUUAAGCUGUACAAAAACAUCCUGGGAUCGAUUAAGGAGGUGCACGAGUACGAGUUGAAAAUCCAUCACUUCAUUAUAGGGCAAAGGCAGGAUUUAAAGAGGGCUUUGCAGGAAAGCGAGGAUCUGGUAGAAUGGGAGAUCGAUUCUAAGAAAAUCAAGAAGAUGAAGAGAAUGCAACAGCAGGUUCAGAAGGCUAGAAUUGCGGAAAUUGCUAAGCUCAACCACAGAAGAUCGGCGGAUAGACGAGUUAAUAGACCUCAAGUUUUGACAAGUGUGAGGAAUGGAAUGAUAAUUGCCAUAUUGUUUAUUGUCAUGAAGACUUUACACUGGAGUCUUAAGAACAGAUCAUGUAUAAAAUAAAUAAGUAAACUGCAACUAAUAAACAUAAUUAAACACGAA